GGAGCGCCGCCCCUUCCUGCUGGCGCCAUGGCCCUGCAGGGGGCGCUGCGCCGCGCGGCCGCGGCCUGGGGGGGGCGUUCUAGAAUGGGGAACAGCCAGCCCGCUUCUGUGGGAUUGUCUAAUGAUGCUGCUGUGAAUCAAAUACAGGACAUUAUUUCACACAACUGUGUGGUGAUUUUCUCUAAAACAACAUGCCCAUACUGCAAAAUGGCAAAAAACCUGUUUGAGGGUUUGAAUGUGAAUUACACAGCUGUGGAACUGGACGUGAAUACAAAUGGAAGGCAGUUCCAAGACAUUCUGGAACAGAUGACUGGUGGCAGAACAGUCCCAAGAGUGUUUAUCAAUGGGACUUGUGUUGGAGGUGCAACAGAUGCUCAAAAGCUUCAUGAGGAAGGCAAACUGCUUCCUUUAGUUCAUCAGUGCCAAAUGAAAGCAAAUUACUGAGCAACCAUCUCUAGCUUAGCUUCGUCUUCCUUUGUAUGAACAGAAUUUCAGAUGAAUUCAGAAGAUCACAGACACAUGCACUCGACAACCUCAAGCCAUGGCUUUCUGAAUCACAGAUCACUGACAGACUUUAUGGACUUGGCAAAUUACUUGGUGUCCUUGCCUCAGCUUUCCCACAACCCAGAUGGUCAUUAGCAACCAUUAUGUAACUCUUGGGGCUCCUAGUGAGACAGUGAUGUCAUUUCAUGGCGAUUCCAUCCUGCUCCAGGAAGUCCAGACUCUGCAAAAAGAAUCCUGUGGGCUUUGCUUUCUAGCUUUGUCUCAAUAAAUUGUCAGUUUAAUUUAAUGGUUUCUUUAAAUAAAAUUCUUCUCUGUCAAACUGA